AAGCAGAAUACGUCACAUUACGUGCUGAGGGAAUGAGGUGAGCAGGGACCAGACCAAGCAGGCUUAUGGACAUGAGGAGUAAAUUCAUGGAUGGAAUUUUACGUCCAGGUUUGGAAGUACAAUGCUGAAAGGUCUGCUCAGCGGUGAGGGGCUUCUGUUGUUUCUAAAGGAGGGAAGGAUAAAAACUGACCUGUUUUUCUGUAGCUGACAACUGUACUGAGAGUUGGGAAGUGUCACCUGAAGACACACCUAAAGAGUUAUUGCAGUGUAUGGCGUUUCCCUCGCAUAUCUGAUGGAAAGGAAGAGGGACAGAGUGGAGGUUAGGAAUGUUCCAUGCUGCUAACCUGUUACCUUGAGCGAUUGCCAAAGCUUCAGCACUCAGAGAGCAGGUGGGUGCUGAGUUCCUGCCUUGCCAGUGACACAGCAAAACCUCUGUGCUGGCUCCUGCCUGCUGGACUUGUGAGGAAGCAGCAGUGGGAGAACAAAGGCAAGGGUAAACUGGUGUAACUGGGACUUGGGUAACCUCCCAGUAACUCCUCCAGCUGUUUGGGUACCAGCUACAAAGGAGCCAAAGGGGCUUCCUUCUUGCAGGAGGUUCUCACCAAGUUUAACCGUGUCAUUUGAGGCACCCCUGCAGCUCCUGGUAUGGCUGGCAGUAUCUGAGACUCUUGCAAUCCUCCAUUGUGCAUCGCAGUGAAGCUGAAAAGGGACUUGCUCCAGAAGCACAAGGAAGGAGCAGAAAUGCAUCACAGGAUGGAGGACGAGGCAGUACUGGAUAGAGGGGCUUCCUUCCUUAAACAUGUAUGUGAUGAAGAAGAAGUGGAAGGUCACCACACGAUUUACAUCGGGGUCCAUGUGCCGAAGAGCUACAGGCGGAGGAGGCGGCACAGAAGAAGACCUGGGCACAAAGAAAAGAAAGAAAAGGAGAAAAUCUCGGAGAACUAUUCGGACAAAUCAGACGUAGAAAACGCUGAUGAGACAAGCAGCAGCAUCCUUAAACCGCUCAUCUCCCCCGCCGCCGAGCGCAUCCGCUUCAUCCUCGGAGAGGAAGAUGACAGCCCCGCGCCCCCGCAGCUCUUCACCGAGCUGGACGAGCUUCUGGCUGUCGAUGGACAGGAGAUGGAGUGGAAGGAGACUGCAAGGUGGAUCAAGUUUGAGGAGAAGGUGGAACAAGGUGGGGAGCGAUGGAGCAAACCGCACGUGGCCACCUUGUCUCUGCACAGCCUGUUCGAGCUGAGGACGUGCAUCGAAAAGGGCUCCAUCAUGCUGGAUAUGGAGGCCUCUUCCCUCCCACAGGUGGUGGAGAUGAUCGUUGACAAUCAGAUCGAGACGGGGCUGUUGAAAUCCGAGCUGAAGGACAAGGUCACCUACACCCUGCUCAGGAAGCACCGGCACCAGACCAAGAAAUCCAACCUGCGCUCGCUGGCUGACAUUGGAAAGACCGUCUCCAGUGCAAGUAGGAUGUUUUCCAACCCCGAUAAUGCACGCAGCCCGCUCGAGAGCUCCGUGCCCUGCCUGGCCACGCGCACCUUGGACGAUGAACUGGGAGUGCAGCGCAGCCCCAGCGUGGGAUGGCUCAGCAGCCCAGCCAUGGCUCACCGAAACCUGACUUCCACCAGCCUCAACGACAUCUCGGACAAGCCUGAGAAGGACCAGCUGAAGAAUAAAUUCAUGAAGAAAUUGCCUCGUGACGCUGAGGCCUCCAACGUGCUGGUGGGGGAGGUGGAUUUCCUGGAGAGCCCCUUCAUUGCCUUCGUGCGGCUGCAGCAGGCGGUCAUGCUGGGAGCUCUCACCGAGGUCCCUGUUCCCACACGAUUUCUCUUCAUUCUGCUGGGACCAAAGGGCAAAGCCAAGUCCUAUCAUGAGAUCGGCCGAGCCAUUGCUACACUGAUGUCGGAUGAGGUAUUCCAUGACAUUGCCUAUAAAGCCAAGGACCGUCAGGACCUGAUCGCAGGCAUCGAUGAAUUUCUGGAUGAAGUCAUUGUGCUCCCCCCUGGGGAAUGGGAUCCAGCCAUUAGGAUAGAGCCCCCCAAGUCUCUCCCUUCUUCGGAUAAGAGGAAAAACAUGUACUCUGGUGGGGAGAACCUGCAGAUGAACGGGGACACGCCCCACGACGGGGGCCACGGCGGCGGCGGCCACGGCGACUGCGAGGAGCUGCAGCGCACGGGCAGAUUCUGUGGGGGCUUGAUCAAAGACAUCAAGAGGAAAGCACCGUUCUUCGCCAGCGACUUCUACGACGCUUUAAAUAUCCAGGCCCUCUCAGCCAUCCUCUUCAUCUACCUGGCCACUGUCACCAAUGCCAUCACUUUUGGGGGAUUGCUUGGGGAUGCUACGGAGAACAUGCAGGGCGUGUUGGAGAGCUUCCUGGGCACGGCUGUCACCGGCGCCAUAUUUUGCCUUUUGGCUGGUCAGCCCCUCACCAUUUUGAGCAGCACAGGACCCGUCCUGGUCUUUGAGCGGCUCCUCUUCAAUUUCAGCAAGGACAAUGAUUUUGACUACCUGGAGUUCCGCCUCUGGAUCGGCCUCUGGUCAGCCUUCCAGUGUCUCAUUCUUGUGGCCACCGAUGCCAGCUUCCUGGUCAAGUACUUCACACGCUUCACCGAAGAAGGAUUUUCCUCCCUGAUCAGCUUCAUCUUCAUUUAUGAUGCUUUCAAGAAGAUGAUCAAGCUGGCAGAUCAUUAUCCCAUCAACUCCCAGUUCAAGGUGGACUAUAUCACACAUUACUCAUGUGCUUGUAAACCACUAGAUCCAGUUAAUGGCUCAUUACUUAACAGGACAACGGUGCUGUCAGACUAUGAGCUGGUCUCUCCCUCCUCCGAGCUGGACAACACCACCAUUGACUGGGCAGCUCUGACAGCCAAGGAGUGCUUGAAGUAUGGGGGUCAACUUGUGGGCAACAACUGUGAUUAUGUCCCUGACAUCACCCUCAUGUCCUUCAUCCUUUUCUUUGGCACUUACACCUGCUCCAUGGCCCUGAAGAAAUUCAAGACCAGUCGCUACUUUCCCACCACUGCCCGGAAGCUCAUCAGUGACUUUGCCAUUAUCCUGUCCAUUUUGAUUUUCUGUGGAAUAGAUGCCCUGGUUGGUGUGGACACACCAAAACUAAUUGUGCCAAGUGAAUUCAAGCCAACCAGUCCUGAGAGGGGCUGGUUUAUCCCACCUUUCGGAGGGAACCCGUGGUGGGUGUACCUGGCAGCAGCCAUCCCCGCCCUGCUGGUGACCAUCCUCAUCUUCAUGGACCAGCAGAUCACCGCUGUCAUCGUCAACAGGAAGGAGCACAAGCUCAAGAAAGGUGCUGGAUAUCAUCUGGACUUGUUCUGGGUGGCCAUUCUGAUGAUUGUCUGCUCCUUUAUGGGGCUGCCCUGGUACGUGGCUGCUACCGUCAUCUCCAUCGCUCACAUCGACAGCUUGAAGAUGGAGACAGAGACUUCAGCCCCUGGAGAACAGCCCAAGUUUUUGGGAGUGAGGGAGCAGAGAGUCACCGGAGUCAUUGUCUUCAUCCUGACCGGGGUGUCUGUCUUCAUGGCUCCCAUCCUGAAGUUCAUUCCCAUGCCCGUGCUCUACGGCGUCUUCCUCUACAUGGGAGUUGCGUCCCUCAACGGCGUGCAGUUCAUGGAUCGUCUGAAGCUGCUCUUGAUGCCUCUAAAACACCAGCCUGACUUUAUCUACCUGCGCCACGUCCCUCUGCGCAGGGUCCACCUCUUCACCUUCCUGCAGGUGGUGUGCCUGGCCCUCCUCUGGAUCCUCAAAUCCACCGUGGCUGCUAUCAUAUUCCCUGUCAUGAUCUUGGCCCUGGUGGCAGUCAGAAAAGCCAUGGACUACCUCUUUUCCCAGCAUGACUUAAGCUUUCUUGACGACGUCAUUCCAGAAAAGGACAAGAAGAAGAAAGAGGAUGAGAAGAAGAAGAAGAAAAAGAAGGGCAGUAUGGACAGUGACAAUGAUGAUUCUGACUGCCCCUACUCAGAAAAAGUCCCAAGUAUUAAAAUACCAAUGGACAUCAUGGAGCAGGAACCUUUCCUAAGUGAUAGCAAACCUGCCGACAGAGAAAAAUCACCAACAUUCCUUGAACGCCACACAUCGUGCUGAUACAAUUCCCUUCCUUCAAUCACACGCCAUGCCAAGCCCUCCACGAACUCCAGUAAAAGUUGUGCCUCAAAUUAGAAUAGACCUUGAGCCUGAAGACAAUGGUUAUUUCUGGAGGAGCAAGGGAACAGAAACUACUUUGUAAUCCGUCUGUCUGUCCAACCUUUUACAAAUUCGUUUUGUCACUAGCCAAAUGUUCAGAAGCUCCCUGCUCCCGCCGGCGAAGGUAAUGGAGCCCAGGACUCGCAUUGCCUCGGCUCCGACGCGCCGCGAGGCCGCGACCGGUACGGAUGGCGCGUCAGAGCUCUGUCGGUCUGGCAGAACAGAGCUGACCCCCAGGCUCAUUCCAUGUCUGCUCCCACUGCUCGGAGACGCUGGAACGUGCUGCUAACCCUCACGUGCUCUCCCCUGUAGAUAAAAGAGAAGGUACUUCACUCCCAGCGCAGACAGACCGUUGCCAUCGCUGUAGCAUGUUUGGAAACGUCCCUUUCCUAUGCAAUUUUUUUUUAAAGAAACACUUUAAUGGACUUAAUCCAUCAGGUACAUGGAAGAGUGUUAUUUUCCUAGAUUAUUUUGUUUAAAUUAUGGGGGCCUAACCUACGACUUCUUUUUUUUUUUUUUUUUUUUUUUUGACAAUUUUUUUAACCUUUUUUUAAUUACUGUAAAGAAAAAUGAAUUUUUUUCCUGCAGCAGGAAACAUAUAGUUAUGAGUAGUUCUACCUCUUAUUUCUAGAUGCCAGGCUUUCUGUAAAAAAUGUAUUGUACCAUAUAUAAUGUGAUUUUUACACAAAACAGACCCACAACAUCACACCACAAUCUCCAGGACGUGGCUUAGGGCUGGAUCAGUUCAAUUAACACCACCUGCUCUGAAGCAUCUGUUUUUCUUAGGGUUAUGUUGGGUUUUGGAGUCUUUUUAAUGAGCAGUCCCUGCUGUGAAGGAGAAUGAAAUCUCUUGUGAUCUUAGAAGAGUCUUAAACAGGUUGUUGAUCCAACGCUGCAGGCAGAUGCUGGUUGUAUCCCUGUUGUUGAUUUCUGACUUGGGAUCGCUCCGUGAUUUUCUCGGAACACCGGUGUGCGUGUGUGCAGUGAGAACACCCAAGGUGUGCCUCAGGCACAGUGGAUGGGGAGGAAGAUGAAGGUGGCCUGCUGGGAUGUUCAUCCCUACGCUCAGAUUUGCAAACAUCCGCAUCCUCCUGCAUCCCACCCCUGUCUCCCAUCACCUACAGGAUUUACCCUAAACCUUGGCUACUCAGCCCCAGACCUGGCAGUGCAGCAAGACUAAGCAAGUCAGGCAUGGGCAUCCCAGGAUUUUGGGGUGGAACCAAGCGAGUGAACAUCACAUCAGGAGAGGUUUUGUCUCUCUGUUGCAUGUUUUUCCUGGUACGUGCAUCUAAACACGCAUUUGGGAAACUGAGCUUCACUGGGACGUGGGGGAGCACACUAAAAGGCUUCAUCCAAAAACGAAAAACGAAAGAAGAAAAGCCCCAGCUGUCAAGACACCCCAUUCCCUGAUGGAGACAGUCCCAUCACAGAGGAUGGGCACAUGCUGCCACUUGGUCCUUGCAAAACCAAAGUCUGGGUUGGUGAAGUCAAGAGGAUUUUCUGAUGGUGCUGAGACCUUAAAUGCCAAAUUUUAGCAUCUGCUCCUACCUAGGAGCCACCACCACCACCUCCAUACAGCUCCUGCUCGCUCUCAGGGGGUCUCCCCUUCAGUUUCCAUGAAAUCUGUGUUGGCUGUCCCAGGAACCCGGCUGAAACCUGCUGUCAUAGUGCUGGGGAGACUUGGGGAAGGCCUGAAGAGGAGCAGCUCCGGGAUCCCUUCUGCUGCUGGAGGACAGGUAACUUGGCAAGUGUGAUGCCAGCUUUAGGCAAUGCUCUCCAUCCCUUGGUGAGCACCAGUCCUGGCUCCCAGUGGGGACACAGGCUCGAGCCUGUGGAGUCCACAGGAGCCUCUUGUGAGAUUGCUGCACGUCCUGCCCGGACCGUGGAUGUGUAGCAAUCCCAGAGGAAAUCCCAGAGGAUCUCAGGGGGAUCCCAGGGGCUGUCCCGCUCCGUUCCACGGGCACAGCUGCCAUCUGCUGGCCUGGCCUGGCCACCUGUCUCCCGUAAAAAUGAGGUUUUCACUUCCGAACCGCGUUAAAUACACUUGAAGUGUCCUGACUGUUGUUCUGGAUCUUUCUCUCUCUUUGUGUUGUGGUUUUUGUGUUGUGCCGAGGGCAGCGCUGCUGACGGGACAAAGGUUUCUGCAGCUUUCCGUGAGAAACAGCCCCCUCGGGCGGCAGGGAAGAGCCUGCAGCACGGCAGGGAAAGGUUCUCUGCACGCCGUAUGCCUUGGAAAAUAACUAAAACGUCCUUUCAAUCCAAAUUAGGUAUUUUGUCGGAAAAGCCUGGGUGGGCGCUUCAGGGAAUAGGUGUGGAGACUGACCCAAAGCCCUCCAGGAUCAGAGGUGCAGCCAUCAAAAAUUACCUGUCCCCAGCAAAUGCAAAGUCCCAGCUGACGGUGGGACGUGCGAUGGCCACCGGGCUGACAGACCUUUGUAUCUGGCUCUGAAUCAAAUCGCACUUUCAGAUACUUUUAUUAUUGUUUUUAACUCUCCUAAGUCCGUGUUUGCUUUGGAGGAGAGAAGGAGGACUUAGGAUGAAAUGAAGUGGAUUGGAUGGUGGAGCUAAAAGGAAAAAAAAAGCAGAAAACAUUUCAAACAUAUUAAAGUGAUUUUUUUUUUUUCCAGUAAUAUAAAACAUGAAAUUCCUUAUAACAUUAUAGUAUUUUACAGUUUUAUGAAGCUUUCUAUUGUGACUUUUAUGGAAUCAAAAGAUGAAGAUGAUGAGAUAUUUUAGCAUUUAUAUUUUUCAAAAUUAAAUAAAUGUAUACUGAAAAUAAAGUAACUUUAUGCAUUUAUGGGAGAGUUCGU